AUGGCAUUAAACAGUAAUAUAAAUAUCCAAGAUAGUAAUAAUAAUGAUAAUAAUAUUAAUAAUAAUAAUGAAUAUAAUGAUUGUAAUGUAGCAUAUUUCACCAAUUCUUCAAACCAAAAAAAUUAUGCAGGAGGUAGUGGUAAUUUUGGAGGAGCGGCUGAUGAAGGGGGCGAAUCUGAAUUUUCACCAUCUGCAAUUAUAAUUAAUAGUAGCAACAGAGAUAAUAACAUUAAUGGUGCUGACGGCGAAUAUUCCCCAAUAAUUAUAAUUAACGAGAGAGAUGGUGGUAAUAUUGAUAACGAUAAUGAAGAACAACAACCAAUAAUAUUACAUAUAAAAAGUGAAAAUAAAAAUAAAAAUAAAAAUGUAUCAUCAACUACUAAUACUACUACUACUACCAUUGGUGGUGAAAUUUAUAAUGAAAUCGAUAUUUAUAAUGAAAAUUCAACCACAACCACAACAAAAUCAAAAAAAAAAAAAAUAACCACAUUCCAAAGUGGUAAUUAUUUUGUAAAAUUAAUUUCAAUUUUUAAAACACUUUUUAAAAAUAAAAGAAGAAUAUUAGUGGGUUUUCUAGCAAUAAAUAUUGGUUUCCCAUUAUAUUUAGCAUAUAAUACACCAAGUUCAAUGGUUAAAAUAUUUGAUGAGCAUUAUGAUAUGAAUGCAUCACAGUAUAGUAGAUUGUAUUCAGUUUAUGCAAUACCAAAUAUAGUAUUAGUAUUUUUAGGAGGAAUAUUAGUAGAUUUAAUUGGGGUUAAUAAAUGUUCAAUUAUAUGUUCAACUUUAUUAACAAUAUCAGUUGUAUUAUGUGCAAUAUCAUCUACACCAGCAAAUUAUGAAUUACUAUUAUUUAGUAGAAUUUUAUUAGGAGUUGGUGGUGAAACUAUGAUUGUUUGUAUAGCAAGUUAUAUAACUCAAUUUUUUGAAACUUCAAAUCAAAGUUUAUUAUUUGGUCUUGAAGGUAUGUGGCUUCAAAUUGGAUCAUUAUUAGCAUUCUCUGUAUUACCAACACUUUACGAAUCAACAAGUUUGGCUUUUUCACUUUGGUCAAUUGCAAUUCUAGCUAUGUUUUGUACAUUUUUAAAUAUAAUUUUUAUAAUUUUUCAAGAAAGACUUAAAUUUAAUAAAAAUGAAAAUGAAAAUGAAAAUGAAAAUGAAAAUGAAAAUGAAAAUGAAAAUGAAAAUGAAAAUAUUGAAUUAAUAACUACAAAUGGUGCAGAUUUACCAAAUUCAGAAAUAAAUACAACAAAAGUUGAAAAAAAAGAAAAAGAAGAGGAAGAGAAUGGUGAUAAAUCAAAAUUAAUAAUAUUAAAAAAUAAAAUUAAACAAGCAAUAUUAUUAGUGAAAACAAUGCCAUCAAGAGUUUGGUUACUUUGUUUAGUUUCAUUUUUUGGAUAUUCAGGAUUCUUUGGAAUGGAUAUAAUUUUCACAGAUAUGGCAAUUGAAAAGUAUGGUUACUCUGAUAGGGGUGCAGCGAUUAUUAUGGCAUUUGAAACUUUAUGUACAGGUAUUUCAAGUCCGUUAUUUGGUUACUUUGUUAGAAAAUUAGAGAGAAAUAUAUUAUCGAUGGGUAUUGGAUUGAUGAUGAUGUUGCUUGGUAUGCUAUUAAUCGUUUCAACUUCAAAUAAUGUUAAUCCAAUUGCAUUUGUUGUUAUGUGUGGUAUGGGUUACAUUUUUAUGACAAAUGCAAUAUAUUCCUCAAUUCCAUUAUUAGUCGAUUCAAAUAGUCAAGGUACUGCAUUUGGAUUAAUUGGAACUUCCUAUAAUAUUGGUAUUGUAAUUUUCCCUUAUAUCUUAUCCUCAAUUCGUUUAUCAAGUGGUUCAUAUACAAUCUCAUUUUGGUUAUUAGUAUUAAGUACUUUUAUUGCUUUAAUUGGUUUAUUAUUUUUAAAAUAUUUUGAUUCAAAAAAUAAUAUAAAUAUUUCAAAUCGUUUAGAUAGAGGUCAUUAUAAUUUUAAUAAAAUUUUAAAAAUAAAUAAAUAA